GUGUGCACCUUACAAGAGAGAAGUCGGCCCAAGUAGCGUGCGCGCAGAAGCUACUCCCGAAGAGUCGCUCUCCUGCGUCCACGCCUCGCUUGCGGCGACUAGGGCGACUGCCGCCGCCGCCCUUCGCCCAGCUGCCCAGGUCUUCGUCGGGCGCUUUACCGGUGAAGAGCGCCCACCAUACCAGAUUGGCCACCAGAGGAUUGCUACAUUUGGGAAGGAUGAGCAAAGGCCCUGUUCCAUUCGCCAACAUUGGGAAGAGAGCAAAAGAUCUCUUGUACAAGGACUACAACUUUGACCAAAAGUUUUCUUUGUCGACAUGUUCUAACUCUGGUUUGAAUCUCACAGCCACUGGUGUGAAGAUCAAUGAAGACUUCAUUGGUGAUAUACGGACACAGCAUAAAAGCGGCAGAACCACUGUUGAUGUCAUAAUCGAUAGUGAUUCUAAAGUGUCAACCACAGUCACUGUUGAUGAAGCACUAACUGGUUUGAAGACUUCAUUUGCCUUCAAGGUUCCAGAUCACAAGUCUGGGAAGCUUGAUCUGCAAUAUGCCCACAAUCGUUUUUCAAUGAAUUCGACCAUUGGUUUGACAUCAACACCUUUGGUUGAGCUCGCUGCAACUGUCGGCACAAGUGAACUUGCCAUUGGUGCUGAGUUCGGGUUUGAUAGUACUUCAGCUGCUGUUACCAAAUACAACUCAGGGGUUGGAUACAACAAGUCUGAUUUCUCUGCUUCCUUGCUACUUGCUGAUAAAGGGGAGACUUUGAAGGCAUCUUACGUUCAUUUAUUCAAUCCGACCAACGGGGCUACAGUUGCAGCUGAGGUAACACACAAGCUGAAAACCAAGGAGAACUAUUUCACACUUGGGAGCUCCCAUGCACUUGAUCCUUCAACAUUGCUAAAGACGAGAUUCAGCAACUCGGGGAAGGUCGGUCUGCUCUGUCAGCAUGAGUGGAGGCCAAAGUCCCUCGUGACUCUUUCAGCUGAGUAUGAUCCAAAGGUGGUAAGUGCGCCUUCAAGGAUCGGCGUGGCCAUAUCGCUCAAGCCUUGAGAUAUGGGUCAAGUCACCUUCUGUAAAACAGUACAAGCGUUACGUACUGAUACUCGUGUCCAAGAACAUAAACUUUUGGAGCGAUACCUAGAACAACCCUCUCCAUUUUAGCCUUGUUUUUGGUAAGAGCCUUGGGCAAAGAAGUGUUGUCAGGGAGUUGGACUUGUUUUGUGGAAUGUUUCCAUUAAGAGCCAACCCCACACCGAGGAUUGCAAACACAGAAGUUUGUAUUAGUGCAGAAGUUUCACUCUGCGAUAUUUUUUCCCCA